AUGUCUUCUUGCCGAGUGGGGCUCCGUUUGGCUGCCUGUUUAUUAAACAUUUCAGAAGCCAGAAAAAAGUACAUUGUUGAGAACAUAGCAAAAGCUGCUCUUCUUGAAAGAAAUGGACAGAGACACCCUGAAGUAACAGUGCUCAAUAUAUUUUCUGAUCCGGAGUAUAAUAGAUCAGUUAUUACAAUAGCAGCUUCUAUUGAGGAGAUAGGCAAUUCCGUUCUGGCUGCCUGCUUGGAAGCCUUCCAGUCUAUCAAUAUGGAGGUUCAGGAGGGGAUCCAUCCUUGCCUGGGAGCAGUGGACCUGAUUCCCAUUUACCCUCUCUCUGGUGUCGGAGUGGAAGAGUGUGGUGCUGUGGCCAGAAGCCUCGCUGAGAAUCUGGUCCUGAGUAUUCCUGGCUGCAGUGUGUUUCUCUUUGGUGAGGCUGACCUGCCCGAGAAGCGCCCCCUUGUCCAGAGAAGGAAGCAGCUGGGCUGGUUCACAAGAAGGGAUUUCAGCGCUCUUAAACCUGACCUGGGAGCUGCACCUGCCAGAAGAUGUGGUUUGACAGGCAUCGGCGCUAGCCCGUACGUGAUGAACUGCAAUGUUACCAUAGAUUCUCAAGACUUGGCUCUGGGAAAAGAAAUUGCUAGUGCCAUUCGGGGCUCAAACGUGAAUGGACUGAAGGGCGUCCAGACGAUGGCUUUUCCUCAUGAAGGGAAAAUUGAGAUAGCUUGCAACGUAGAGAGCUUUGAAGAUCAAGAAGUUACAGAAACCUCUGAAGGCUCUCAAUACAUGGCUUACAGUGUCCUUGGGGACCAUUUUUAUUAUGUAUCUCCUCAUUAUAUAGAAGCUCAAGUUAAAAAAUUGGCAAAUGAUCAAGGAAUCGGUACAAUAGGGAGAGCAUUAAUUGGAUUUACACCCCAAGAGUGCAAGAGCUGUGCUGAGUAUGCAAUCAAAGAAAGCAUUGGGGAGUUCUGGAAGAUACGUGGAGGUGUUUUCAUGUGA